UGGACGCAGUCUGUGGAACACGUGACAUCCGGAAGUGUCGCGCACACGAGCAUGUUUUCUUCGUGACCUUAUAAUACAAAUCUUUGUACAAGAAACAGAAAAUGAAUCGGUGAUGUUAUUCAUUAUAAGACCAUUUAAAAGCUACAAUGGACCCCAACUUGCAAUACUGGCAAAGCAAUGACAAGUCUUUUCUGAGCCGCCUGCGUCUCUGGUUUCAUAUCCUUGACCCCAAAUCUAUAUUAUCAUCAGAGGCUGAAAUACAGAACGCCCGUAUUCUUCUACGAAAUGAUGGAAAUCAACAUAAAAAUAACAAGGUUGCUGAUGCCUGGUUACUGUCUCUUUCAUCUGUUCAUACUGAUACCGGAGCUGUAAUUUCACCAGUGUUUCGUCCUCAAGUUCUUCUACCUAUAUCUGCUCCUUUGGUGGUUGCAAGUUUAAUACCCCACAAAGGAGUUAAACCUGCUUUGUUCUGGCAAUUUUUACUACAAACCUACUGUGCAGGAUUCAACCAUGCUAACAGAAAUGCAACAGCGACUUUGGAUAACAAAACGUCAUUGAAGCAGUCUCUUCUUAUUACUGGAACAGUUGCUUACUCAACAUGUGCAGGGGCUCUUCCUCAGAUUAUAGUUCAACGUUUUAAACUACUAAAUGCUGUGACUGAGACUUUUUCUAGAUCUGUGUUACCCAUUCCACUCUCAGCUUGUCUAGCGGCAUUCAGUGUAAUGGUGGUGAGGAGUGAAGAAGCAGAUAAUGGAAUACGAGUGUUUGAUUCUAAUGGGAAUGCUGUUGGGGUUUCCAAGAAAGCUGGAUCAAAGGCUGUGAAGGAGACGACCAUCUCAAGAGCGACCCUAUUUGGCACCACUGCAGCUGUUCCCAGUUUACUGCUUGUUCUUCUUAAAAGGGCAAAGUUUGUCCAGAGGAAUCCAAUGUUAAGCGCCCCUGUUCGACACAUCAGUACCGCCAUCGUUUUUGGUCUGAUGAUUCCCGUGUCCUUCAGUCUUUUUCCACAGCUUGGCAAGGUAACACAAUGGACUAUGGAUCCAUGUAAUUGGGUAUCAUUUGUAAAGCUGUAAUGAGACAACCCUUUAUAGCAGAUCAAGAGGGAGGAUUUAGAAGACGAGUUACAGUCACUUGCCAGUGAUGGAGAACUGUUUUACCACAGAGGACUCUGAUGUUGUCAUUGCACAUCUAAAUUAUUGAGCAUGGUAUUUAUUGACACAGAUUGUGCUCACACAAAAUGACAAUAAAAUCAACACAAAAACUAAUUCACUUAGUAAUACCACAGAAAGACACAAAGCUAUAAAGAUUUGAAUUUGUAUUGAUUGAAGUGCUUUAUUUCAUCAGUGUUCUUAUUUUAGACCGAUGCAUGUAAUUGAAAAUAGAAUUUACCACAUAACACGCUGAAAAAAACUUUUUCAUUUUUUCACUCUGCUAUGGAAAGGAUUAGAACUAAAUUUAAACAUUUUAAGUAUUGUUUGAACAUAAUGGUUUCCAUUAUAUACUGCUCAUGUAUUAUCUUUAAUGGUCAAUUUAGGCACACAAAAUAGCCCUUUCAUAACAUAAGGGUUUUAUUAUGAAUAAAGACCUUUGAACCUGAUCAUGUGCAAUCCUUGAAAAGGAUGUUAAGGAAAACUUCUGUUUUAAGACACAUUUGAGAAUAUAGUCAUUAAAAGUACUGUUACAAGAAUAACCUUUAGAUUGUUAAUGUCAUAUAUAAUAACUUUAGAUAAGCAUUUGGCACUCAAUGCUAAUACUUUUAGUAAUACUUUUGGUCUUUUUCACAGAUCACCUACAUGUUUAAUUUAGGUUAAUAAAAAGUUAAUUAAUUCAAGAAUAACAUGCGUUAGGAAUGCUUGCUGAGAAAUCUAAGAUUUUCUCCUUGGCUCAAGAUCUAAAAACUGGUUAAAGAUUUGAUUAUAAAUGAUUGAUCCGAAAUCUGUUAUUGAAUAUUCCAUUGAAUAUUUCAUUAUCCAGUUUCUUAAGAAAUCAUAUAUCUUCAUAAGAAAUAGAUAUCUUGACGUUUGGCCUGUCACAAUUCUUUUCAAAAUGUGUGUGUAAUUUCACAACUAACGGUAAGUUCCUUUCUGAACAUUGACUGCCGUAUCAG